UUGGUUUGGGCCAAGUAGCCCAUAAUUCUCAUCACUUCAAUUUUCUCUUCCUUAUACACAACUCUGGAUCUGAGCAUAAUCGCCGGUGAGAUCAAGCGAGCCGGCACCGGCGACGAGUCACGAGUUACGACGAGUCAGUUCAAUCUCAGUCACCGGCGAUAAUGGAUCCGGCGAACUCAACACUUGGCCGAAUGCUAUUGGAUGAGAUCACUCCUGUGGUUAUGGUCCUCCGUACUCCUCUUGUUGAAGAAUCUUCUCAGAAGAAUCAAAUCUCCUUCAUCCAAAUGCUUUCUCCUUUCUGCAAUUUCAAUAAUAUCGACGUGCCAGUUCGAACUGCUAGUGAUCAGCCUUACAGACUGAAGAAGUUCAAAUUGCGGUUGUUUUAUGCUUCAGAUAUACGGCAGCCCAAUAUCGAGGUUGCAAAGGAGCGGUUAAACCAAGUUAUCACUGAUGCUGGAGAGAAAGAUCUUUCUAACUUAUGUUCAGAACCUCUGCAAAUUGAGAGUGUGCUCAACUCUUCUCAAAACGAGUUCCUACCGUCAUGGUUCCAAUAUUUCAACAAAGAGCUGGUACGUACGGUCUCUUUUUCAGAACAUGAAGCUUUUGACCAUCCUGUGACAUGUCUUUUGGCUGUUUCUUCACGGGAUGAAGAUCCUAUCAACAAAUUUGUUGACCUAUUCAACAUCAAUCAGUUGCCUUCCCUACUUAAUGAUGGUUCAAUGGAUCCAAAAAUGCUAAAGCAUUUUGUAUUGGUACACGAUGGUGUGGAAGUUCCAUUAGAAAGAGCAACCAAAACCUUGGCAGAGAUGAGGAGCACUUUUGGGGCUAAUUGUUGCCAUUUGCUGUGUAUUAACUCCUCUAAGGAUGGCUCAGAAGAGCAUGAAAACCUAUGGUCUGCUUAUAAAACUGAUAUUUCACAUGGCCAGCAGCUACGUUGCUUCCUUAGCUCAGAUGACUUGGAUGAGCUGAAAAAAUUUGUACAAGAUCUAUCGUCUAAACAUAUUAUUCCUCAUAUGGAGCAAAAAAUCCGUCUGCUUAACCAGCAGGUUUCUGCAACAAGGAAAGGUUUUAGAAACCAAAUAAAAAACUUGUGGUGGAGAAAGGGUAAAGAAGAUGCACCAGAAAACCCAGCUGGUCCAACGUAUACUUUCAGCUCCAUUGAAUCACAAAUAAGAGUUUUGGGUGAUUAUGCCUUCAUGUUACAUGAUUAUGAGCUUGCAUUGUCUAACUAUCGUCUACUUUCUACCGACUACAAGCUCGACAAAGCUUGGAAACACCAUGCUGGUGUUCAGGAAAUGAUGGGGCUGACCUACUUCAUUUUGGAUCAGUCGAGAAAGGAUGGUGAAUAUUGCAUGGAGAAUGCAUUUACUACAUAUUUAAAAAUUGGAUCAUCGGGUCAGAGAAAUGCUACACGUUGUGGUCUUUGGUGGGUAGAAAUGUUGAAGGCCAGAGAUCAGUAUAAGGAGGCUGCCAGUGUAUACUUCCGUAUCUCUGGUGAGGAACUCCUCCAUUCAGCAGUAAUGCUCGAGCAAGCAUCAUACUGUUACUUGUUUUCCACUCCCCCCAUGUUGCGCAAGUACGGGUUUCAUCUUGUUCUUUCCGGGGACCUGUAUAAAAAAUGUGAUCAGAUAAAGCAUGCAAUUCGAACAUACAAAGGUGCUCUUUCUGUUUUCAAGGGAACUACAUGGAGGCACAUUAGAGACCAUGUUCAUUUCCACAUAGGAAAGUGGUAUGGUUUCUUGGGGAUCUUUGAUGUUGCUAUCAAAAAUAUGUUGGAGGUUCUAGCUUGUGGUCAUCAAUCUAAGACCACACAGGAGUUAUUCCUAAAGGAUUUCCUUCAGAUAAUUCAGCAAACAGGCAAAACAUAUGAGGUUCCAAAGCUUCAAUUACCAGUAAUCAACAUCCCUUCAGUCAAAGUGGUGUACGAGGAUCAUCGUACCUAUGCAUCCCAAGCAGCUAUUCAUGUCAAAGAAAGUCUGUGGCGAUCAUUAGAGGAAGACAUGAUUCCAACAAUGUCAAGUAAGAGUAAUUGGCUGGAACUGCAAUCUAAAAUGUUGCCAAAGAAGUUUAAAGAAUCAAACAUUUGUGUUGCUGGAGAGGCUAUUGGGAUAACCAUUGAAUUCAAAAAUCCACUUCAAAUACCUAUUUCAAUAUCUGGUGUUACCCUAAUUUGUGAACAUUCUUCAGCAGUAUCUGAACCGAAUGAAAAUAAUUCAAUUGGUGAGCAAAAUGGUGAGACAUCAAACAAAUCAGCCACUAGUGGGAAUUUUGCUUCUGAUACAUCUUCAUUUACAUUAUCGGAGGCUGAUGUUGCCUUGGGAGAAGGUGAAACAGUAUUGGUACAGCUAACGGUUACUCCAAGAGCAGAAGGUACUCUCAAGAUAGUUGGUAUAAGGUGGAAGCUGUCAGGGUCAUUGGGAGGAUUUUGUACUUUUGAUUCCGACUUAGUCAGAAAGAAAGUUAUGAAAGGAAACAGGAAAUCUAAACGAUCUACAUUUGAUAACCUGAAGUUCUUAGUUAUAAAGAGUUUACCAAAACUUGAGGGCUUCAUUUAUCACCUCCCGGAAACAGUUUAUGUUGGUGAUUUGCGGUGUAUCUCUCUGGAGUUGAAAAAUCCAUCUAAAAUUCCAGUUAAAAAGUUGAAGAUGAAGGUCCAUCCGCCAAGGUUUCUCCAAAUUGGACACAAGGAAGAUCUGGAAGUUCAGCUUCCUGCUUGCUUGGAAAGAAAAAGUUCAAGACAAAGUUCUUUGAGGUCAAAGACUGAUAAAGUAUCAGAUGGCAUUUUUCCAUUUCCCGAGGACACAUCAAUUGCAGAUGGAACUCCAAUCUCAUGGCCUCUCUGGCUUAGGGCUGCAGCUCCUGGGAAAAUAUCUUUAUAUUUAUCAGUAUACUAUGAGAUGGGAGACAUAUCAAGUGUGAUGACAUAUCGUACCUUACGCGUACACUUCAAUAUAGAGGUGCUACCAUCUUUGGAUGUGUCUUUCCAAAUCAGCCCUCGUCCAUCUAGACUGCGGGAGUUCCUUGUCCGAAUGGAUGUUGUCAAUAGGUCUAGCUCAAAAGGUUUUCAGGUUCACCAAUUGUCAUCUGUUGGAAAUGAAUGGGAGAUAUCAUUGCUCGAACCAACUAAGGUCCUCCCUUCAGAUUUUCUACUUGCUGGUCAAGCAAUUUCAUGGUUUCUCAAGCUCAAGAAUUGUAGGUCGGUAACUGAUCAAGACGGUGCUUCUUCUCUUUGCCCUUCGGAGAAGGCAGAUGUCAACUUGCUCAGCGGAAGUGAAAUGCUCUUUGAUCUAUACAGCUCUCCCUUGUCUGAAUUUCACCAUUAUGAAAGAGUGCAUCAGAGAAUAUCGGAUCAGGAGCAUGAGGACACGGUUGACUUUAUAUUGGUAUCCAGAUCACAAAGUGAGGAGAAUGAACGCGCAAAUGUUUUCUCCCAUCACAUUUGUCACCGCAGUGUCAGGACGAGUAGCCCGAUAUGGUGGAUAAUAGAUGGCCCCCGAACUGUAAAACAUGAUUUUAAGGAACCUUUCUAUGCGAUUACACUAAAGAUGAUAGUCCACAAUUCCUCCGAUGAUGUUGUGUCCAUUCGCUGUAACCCCUCUGAUUCUGCAGUCAACAUCAGCUCAUCAGGAACUACAUCUGCAGCUUCUGGAAAUGAAGUAGGCUGGCACGAUUUGUCACUGUCGAAUGACAUUAAAAUCACACCUGAUACCCCAGGAACUCGAGUAGUGAAGCCAAUGUCGUCUGAUACAGUUCCGCCUUUCAUUUGGUCAGGUUCUAGUUCUACUCAUUUUACACUCGAGCCGUUAUCUUCCAUGGAAACUCCUAUGGAAAUUUGUGUAUUCUCACCCGGCACAUUUGAUCUAUCAAACUACUCAUUGCACUGGAGUUUCUCAUCCCAGAGCGAUCAACGCGAUAAAUCGAGAACUUCAUCCGGAACAUGUCAAGGCCAUCCAUUCUACAUAACAGUGCUGCAACAAGAUUGAAAACUUUUGAGAAUUGGCAAAUCAACGUGCAGUGAUUUUGUAAUUUGUAAAUUAUGAUGUUCUUGUAUUUACAUUUACACAGAAAUAGAAACGUCAUAAUGGGGAAAAAUAAAACAAUUUUGACUGGUAGCAAUAGGAUAUGAAUUUAAUUUGUUUCAAUCCUCUUGGGACCAAAUACAAGCUUGUAAUCCACCCAUUUUGUGGUUUGAGAACAUGGAAGGUAGACAUUUUUAUUUCUCGA